AAGGAAAUGACUUGUGUCCGGAAACCGAGCUCUCUUCAGCUACUAGUCACCAGCGUCAUGUCUGAGGAGACCCAAGCGGCUGCAGGAGUCAACCAAGCUUUUCUCAGAUCUAAGAGGGGGCUCCUCAAACUUGCUGAGAUUGUGACCCUGUUGGUGGCUUUUGUGUGUUUCGCUGCCGCCCCCAGAUACACACAUGUAACCGCCACAGUGUUGGAGGCUGUCAUCACCGCUCUUCUUCUGUUAUUGUACUUGCUCAACCUCCACAAGAAACUCACGCUCUUCUCUUGGCCGUUAGUCGAUGUUUUCAACUCAGUGUUUGCAGCUGUCUACUUUCUUGUCUUGAGCAUCAUCGCCAUGACAACGUACAACGUCACUGCCACUCUGGUUGGAGGGGUGUUUGGCCUGGUGGUGACGGCGCUCAUGAGUGCAGAUGGCUUCAUCCUCUAUCAGAACAUCUCACUCAACCAGCCGCGGAGACCAGCUGACGGGCAAAGUGACAAAUGAAUCCAUGCAUAAAAACGGUUUCAUAGAAUAUUUUACAAUAUAAAAAAAUAAAU